CGCCAGUUCUGCUACACCCGCUAUAACAUCUGCUAAAACUAGCUUUUCUUUGGUCUAGCAACUGUUGCGCGGCCAGCUCUUUCCACCCCAAACUUACCCAAACUUAUUAUGGUCUAGCUGCACAACUGAUCCUGGACCAGUUGUUAAGUGUACAAUGCCCAAUAUAAAAAGAAGUCUGCCAGCCUUGCAGGAUGACAUCAUGCAAGCCAACGCAUACUGAGGUCUCUGUUAUUAUGCCUGAUCACAAUUAGCCUACACAACACUUUCAUGGGCGCCCAAGUCGCGCCUCUCUCUUUGUGGCUGUAGAAAGAAGAUGGCUCCCGUUCUGGAGAAGAAGCUCCUGGGCGCAGCCGGGGCAGGCGACACUAUGGAAAAUAGCAACGAAGACGAGGAAGGACAAAACCUAUGGACUUCAAUUCUCAGUGAGGUUUCAACACGUUCAAGUUCUAAGUUGCCAUCCGGGAAGAACAUAUUGGUGUUUGGUGAGGAUGGGUCAGGAAAGACAACGAUUAUGGCAAAACUCCAAGGAGCAGAGCAUAGUAAGAAAGGAAGAGGCCUGGAGUAUCUGUAUCUGAAUGUCCACGAUGAGGACAUAGAUGACCUUACACGCUGUAACGUGUGGAUCCUGGAUGGGGACUUGUAUCACAAAGGCCUGCUAAAGUUUGCAGUGACAGCAGAGUCGCUGAACGACAGCUUGGCAGUGUUUGUGGCAGACAUGUCAAGACCCUGGACCAUCAUGGAGUCGCUCCAGAAGUGGGCCAGCGUGCUGCGUGAACACGUGGACAAGCUCAAGAUCCCACCAGAGGAGAUGAGAGAGAUGGAGCUGAGGAGUAAGUAGUGCUGAAUCAUCUACUUCCUGUUGGCUGCUGCGACAAAGUGUUUGUGGGGUUGAUUGUCCAAGCAAAGGCCAGUCCUAACAUUGAGCCGUGUUUGUUUGGCAGUCAGACAGUGGAGGUGAUGAUAAUUGCUGCCCUUAAUGUUGCGAGAUGCUUGUUGCUUGUGUAGCUGAUGGCAUGGUUUAGUUUGGCAAGUGUCUGCAGCAUAGUGAACAUCCCAGACAGAGCCAAUGAGAUGGAUGCUUACAUAACAGAUUUAGGCUAC